AAAGUUAUUUUGUGGUUUUGUGUUUCAGGAGCUGCAGCUACCCAUGUUGAAGGUGUCUGCUCCGGAGAUGGUAUCUGGAGUGUCCGGAGAGUCUGAACAGAAGCUCAGAGAGCUGUUUGACCUGGCUGUGAACUCUGCCCCAUGUAUUCUGUUCAUAGAUGAAAUAGAUUCCAUCACCCCUAAGAGAGAGGUGGCUUCUAAAGACAUGGAGAGGAGGAUUGUAGCCCAGCUGCUAACUUGCAUGGACGACUUGAACAGUCUGACGGUGACGGCUCAGGUCAUGGUCAUCGGUGCCACCAACAGGCCAGACUCCCUGGACCCUGCCCUCCGCAGAGCUGGACGAUUCGACCGAGAGAUCUGCCUUGGUAUCCCUGAUGAAGCAGCUCGUCUCAGGUCAGCCAAACAGGAUUAUAAAUGCUUGAGGAUCUACAAGGUCAUUCACAACACCUGCAUUUUCGUAGUCCUCUACUACUCCCAAAAAGUAGUUGACUGGUCGAUCAACUGCGGUAGAUGUGUCCAUUUCUUUUUAACCCAAUAACAAUGAUAAAUUCUCGUCAAAAGGGUCUUGAAUACAACCAGUUGUGGUUGUAUAAUGGAGGCAGGACGCGCCUGUGAGACUGUUUACAAAUGAGCCGUGAUCGGAUUGGACUAAACCCAGCAAGCUUUUCUAAGCUGGUUAUACUGUUUGACUGAAGUAACAACGCGGCUGCUUUCUUGCAGGGAUAGCGGGAGGCAUUGCCACUGCUUUAAUUCAGCCCGUUCUGGUGAAUAUUUAUGCGCCAGUUUAUGGUUGAAAAGUGUCAGCGCUGCUCCACCAUUGUAGGGUAUGUGAAUGGAAACGCAUCUAACACACAUUCGAAUAAACGGCAUCACCCAGAUGUGUCAAUCACUGGGAUGAAGAAAAAACAAACUGGAGCCCAACUCCUUAUCCCCACUGCUUCCCACUCCUGCAUAAUUUGCCUAAAACGCCUAUCAACCGCGUACCCAAAGUAAACUGACAGCUCUUAUUGAACCAUUG